CAGAAUCAAUUCCAACGUUCAGCUUCGCCAAGACACGAUGAGACUCCAACAGUUACCAAGAAAUUCUGCAGUGUCCGCUACGAAGGACGAGCUUCGUUCCAGGGCAUUUUCGAACAGUUCCCGGGACAUUCCUAAACCAAAGCAUUGUGGUAAAUCCUUUAUGUCAGAAUUGCUUGCUAGAAGAUGGGCAUUGCUUAGUCCAGAUACAAAAAUCCACCAAAUAACACUGUCUGAGAUGCAAUUACAGCAUCGAGGAAGGGCAUCUGUCAGGGUUACAUUUUCAAACAAUACACAACCAUCUUUAGGUGACAUGAUUGAGAAGAACAAGCAAGGAAUAUCCUUUUAUGUUGUGAGGGACGAUUUGUUGCAUCCUUUGGUGAAUGGUAAUAAAGCGAGAAAACUGGAUGGAUUGCUUCCGAUUUUGGAGCAUCUUUUGGUUACUGAUGUGGUCACAUGUGGAGGUUGUCAGAGUGCACACACAGCGGCUGUCGCUGUUUCUUGUGCAGAGAGAGGACUGAAGUCACAUUUACUUCUACGAGGAGAACAACCUGAGGUUUUGACAGGCUACAACCUGAUAUCCACUAUGUAUGGAAAUGUAACUUACAUUCCAAGAUCAAUAUAUGCAAACAGAGCAGAAAUGCUGGAAAGGCAUGCUGAUUUUGUCGCAGGUGGUGGUUCUGUGAUACGGUUAACUGAUUUACUCAAUAAAUCUUUUGCUUCUUGGAACUCUGAGGAAGUAACCUUUGCACAAGUAGAUGCUUUGAGAAACACUGUUACAUCAUGUGGAGCUGGAAAAUAUCCUAGAAAAGUUAUUAUAAUUAAUGAAGGUGCAGGGGAUGCCUUUGGAUUAUUAGGUGUCAUUCGCCUUGUGGAGUACCUCUCUCAAACUCAUUUAUUUGGGAAAGAACAGCCCAUAAAACUGGUUGUGGAUGCUGGUACUGGGACAACAGCAAUUGGUUUAGGGAUUGGAGCCAGAUGUUUAGGGCUGCCAUGGGAGGUAACUGCAGUGAUGCUAGCGGAUUCUAUUGAAGGAUACAAGAAGCAAGAGGAACGCUUGAUUUCUGAUUUCAAGAUGAAUUGGGCUUUGCAUCCUUCUGACCAUGCUUUUAAUGGACUGGAUGGUGGAAUUGUUCAUUGGGUAGAACGCUCCCACCGAAGAAAAUUUGGCAAUGUGUUGGAGGGGGAGGUAGAGGCAUGUCAACAAAUUGCAAACCAAACUGGUGUUCUCGUGGAUCCUAUCUACACCUUGGCUGCUUGGGAACAUGCGACGUUCCUUUGCCAGAAGACUUCUGAUAAGGAUACCAAAGUGGUGAUGCUUCACACGGGGGGAACACUUGGUAUGUUUGGAUUGGCACAAAGGUAUAAAUCUUUUUUCCAAUCACCCAAAGGCACAAAUCCCAUUUCCAUUUGAUAGGGUAAUUUUUAUGUUAUUAACUACAUUGUAACAACUUGUCUACAUGAUUAUGUCAAUGGAAAUACCAUAGUUAGCAUCUCUGAUGUAGUUUGCAGUCAAAGAAAUCAAUCUCUGCCAGUGUUGUUGAUACUUAAGAGGUUUAGCUUAAUU